AAAAAACAGAAGUGACACUUCCUGGUUGCACACAGUAACGGCUUUGUGGAUCAAAACAGCAACUGAAGGACCAUACUAUCUGAAGAUCCAGUGACAAACAAAAUGCCAGAAAAAGCAUUACUAUCCUGCAGCCUCUGAACCAUGGGAAAUGUCGAGAGCCAGAGCGGGGACCAUGCCCUCUACGGUAACGAACAUGGCUAUUUGUCACGCAAGCACAUGUCCCGGUCUCUUCGAAUCUCUAACAAGCAAUCCAGACGCUCUCGACAUGCUUCAUCAGGGAAAAUAGAGCACAGGAACUCUGAGACGAGCACACGCUCAAGUAGUACCCCCAGUAUCCCACAAUCCCUGGCUGACCAUGGCCUUGAACCCUUCAAUGAGACAAAUAUCCUCCCUGACUUUGGAAGUCCCAUUUGGGUGGACCGCGUGGCCAUGAACCUGCGGCCUGUUUCCUUUCACAAUGACCUGGCCAACCCCUCUGUGCACAUGAAUACAAUGCAUAUAACUCUACCUGGCCCCACUGCAGAGGAGGUGCAGGACGAAGACGUGUACACAGGUGAGGUAACUUACCUCCAGAAAACCCGGGACGGCUCCAAAGAGACCGUCAGUUUUAAGAAGAAGAGAUCUAAGUCUGCAGACAUGUGGCGAGAUGACAGCCUGGAGUUUUCUCUUUCCGACCUCAGCCAAGAGCACCUGACUAGCACAGAGGAGAUCAUAGACACGGCUAAUGAGAGGGAUUUUACUGACUGCGAAGGACACCUGCAGUCCAGCCCCACAGACUCUACUGACAGGGCAAACUCCCUGGACGAGCUGUACAGCCAGAAGAGUUCUGCCUGCAGGCAACCCCAUGACCGUUAUGCCAAGUGGCGGGAUGCCAACAGGGCUAUCAGGGAGGGUGAUGAUGAUAAGAUGCUCUCGCCGUCAGAGGAGGAUGGGAAUACCUACGGUGCAUACACACUUCCCUGCCGGCGUUCCCACUGCCUCUCUGAAGGCCUGAGCAGCCACCAAGCUGCCAUGUGUUCCAGUAUGCAGGGCAGGAGGGCACAGACAAUACAGGAUGUCACUGCCGGGGAGGGCAGUGAGUACGAGGACAGUGGCAUCGAUGGGGUGACAGUGGAAGCAGAGCACCAAUCCCGACGCUACAAGACCAUGUCAGCCUCCUUCUCCGUGUGCUCGGCGGCCGGCAGGAGCAUGUUUGCCGGCAGUGACAGCGGCAGCAGCAGUGGCGGCGGGGCCAGCGAGUGCGUGCAGGGCGUGUAUGAGAACUUUCGUCAAGAGCUGGAGAUGAGCACCUGCCAGACUGAGAGUUUGGAGGAGGCGGGGUCAGCUCUAAGUGACGAGCAGAGCACUAUGAGCUCUGCCUACCAGUCUGACCCUUUGCUCAGUGUUGCCCAGGGGAUGGUGCGCAAAGCUGGCCGGCUUGCUGUCAAGAACUUCCUUGUACAUAAGAAGAACAAGAAAGUCGAAUCAGCCACGAGGCGCAAGUGGAAGAGUUACUGGGUGUCCCUGAAAGGGUGCACUCUGUUCUUCUAUGAGACUGAUGGCCGUUCAGGGAUUGACAACAACAGUAUUCCAAAGCAUGCCAUCUGGGUAGAGAACAGUAUUGUCCAGGCUGUACCAGAGCAUCCCAAAAAGGACUUUGUGUUCUGUCUCAGCAAUUCUCUAGGAGAUGCCUUUUUGUUCCAGACCUGCAGCCAGACAGAGCUGGAGAACUGGAUCACAGCCAUCCACUCGGCGUGUGCCACCGCUGUCGCCCGCCAGCACCACAGAGAGGACACGGUGCGGCUGCUCCGUGCUGAACUCAAGAAGCUGGAGCAGAAGAUUGACAUGGACGAGAAGAUGAAGAAGAUGGGAGACAUGCAGCUGUCUGCCGUCACUGAUACCAAGAAAAGGAAGACAAUCCUGGAUCAAAUCUUCUUGUGGGAGCAGAACCUGGAGCAGUUUCACAUGGAUCUGUUCCGCUUCAGGUGCUACCUGGCCAGCCUGCAGGGAGGAGAGCUGCCUAACCCUAAACGCCUCCUGGCCUUCGCCUCUCGCCCCACCAAGCUUGCAAUGGGCCGACUGGGUAUAUUCUCAGUCUCUUCCUUCCAUGCACUGGUGGCAGCUCGCACAGAGACCAGCGUGAGACGGCGGACACAGGCCAUGUCCCGCUCCUGCAGCAAGCGAAAGAGCAGGUUCUCUUCUCUGUGGGGUCUGGACACUACCUCAAAGAAAAAGACAAAAGCCCAUCCCAGUAUCAACCAGGUCUUUGCUGAUGGCGAGGAGCAAGUGAAAAAGCCCAUAGAUGGUAUAUAUGUUGAUUCUGCCAAGGAACACACAAAAAGUGAGGAUGGAACUGUGAAAAGCCUCCCACGGCCCAGCACAGAAAGUGACAUCUGGGUCCCUGACCACCUCACUCCCUCCUGGGUUUGUUUGCCAAAUGACCAGCCUGUACUCACCAUCAUCCAGCCAGGAGAAUCAGCACUGUGUGUUCUGGAAACCAUCUGCAAGGCUCACCAGCUCGAUUCCACCAAGCAUUACUUAUGGCUCAAAUUCCUGAUUGAAAACCAAGUGCAAUUCUACAUUCCCAAACCAGAAGAGGAUGUGUGUGACCUGCUUUACAAAGAAAUUGAGCUCUGCUCCAAAAUAACAAAAGUAAUCCAGUUUGACCGAGAUGUAUCCUGCAUGAUUGGUUACGGUUUCUCAAUUUCAGUGGUGGAGGAGGACGGGGUACAGCAGCUCUACAUCACUGAUGUGAAGGCGGGUGGAUUAGCCUUCGCCAAAGGUCUGAAUGCAGGGGAUGAAAUACUUCAGCUGAAUGGAAAGGACUCUCAUAGUCUCAACUUCUCUGACAUGAAGGCGGCAUUCUCCCAAUCCUCACUGGCUUUGACAGUCAACACCUUGCCUUCUGUGGACCGCCGUCAGCUGUGCUACCUACCGCCACGCCGCUCAGAUGCAGAAGAGGAUCUCUACACAGACAUCUUCUCCCAGAGUCAAGAGGAGAUCCUGGAUGAUGGGGUGGGACUGCUGUUGGAGAGCUCAGGAGACAGCUUAGAUGACGACUCUGAGCUCUUCAGUGAGUUUGAUGAGUGCCGAAAGCACAGCAAGCGCUCCUCCGACUCCAUGUAUGACAUGCUUCAUCUGAGUACGGAGCAGGUCGCUGCUUUCUGCCGCAGUCUCCAUGACAUGAAUCCCUCGGAGUGUGUGUCCUCUUCGCCGAGCCCAGACUCACCCUUCCCACCUCCUGCAACUCUCCGACAGCUCUCUGAUGCUGACAAGCUCCGCAAAGUCAUCUGUGAACUCGUGGAGACUGAACGCACCUAUGUCAAAGACCUCAAUUGCCUCAUCGGGAGAUAUUUAACUCCACUACAGAAAGAGACCUUCCUUACUCAGGAUGAGCUGGAUGUACUGUUUGGGAAUUUGCCGGAAAUGGUUGAGUUCCAAGUUGAGUUUCUCAAGACACUGGAAGAUGGAACCAGACUAGUUCCAGAUCUGGAAAAGCUAGAGAGUGUGGAUCAAUUUAAGAAAAUCCUCUUUUCCCUAGGAGGCUCUUUCCUGUACUAUGCAGACCGUUUUAAAAUCUACAGUGCUUUCUGCGCCAGCCACACCAAAGUCCCUAAGGUCCUCGUAAAGGCCAAAACCGAUACUGAUUUCAAGGCUUUCCUGGAUGAGCGUAAUCCCAAGCAGCAGCACUCGUCCACCCUUGAGUCGUACCUGAUCAAACCCAUCCAGAGGGUGCUGAAGUAUCCUCUCCUGCUGAAGGAGCUCUACUCACUCACAGACCCAGACAGUGAGGAGCACUACCACCUGGAUGUUGCCAUGAAAGCCAUGAACAAAGUUGCCAGCCACAUCAACGAGAUGCAGAAGAUCCAUGAGGAGUUCGGGGCUGUGUUCGAUCAGCUCAUCACUGAGCAGAGCGGUGAAAAGAAAGAAGUUGCUGAUCUGUCCAUGGGAGACCUGCUACUGCACACCAGUGUGACCUGGAUCAACCCUCCUGCCUCUUUAGGAAAAUGGAAGAAAGAGCCUCAGAUGGCUACAUUUGUGUUCAAAACAGCAGUGGUCUUUGUGUGCAAGGAUGGGUCCAAACAGAAAAAGAAAAUGGGUGGUUCCCAUCGAGCAUCUGUAGCUUCAGAGGAAAAAGACCCCUUCCGAUACCGUCACAUGAUUCCUACAGACGCCCUUCAAGUCAGGUCCUUGGCUAAUGCAGAUGGUGAGGGUUCUGCUAUGUGUGAGAUUGUUCACACAAAAUCAGAGUCAGAGGGAAGACCAGAGAGGACAUUUCAGCUGUGCUGUAGCUCUCCGGAGAGUAGAAAAGACUUUUUGAAGACCAUCCAUUCCAUCUUGAGGGAAAAGCACCGUCGGCAACUCCUGAAAACAGAGAGUUUACCCCUCAACCAGCAGUAUGUGCCCUUUGGAGGAAAGCGCCUCUGUGCCCUGAAGGGAGCCCGUCCUGUCAUUAAUAGAGCCGCAUCCGCCCCAACCAGGACCCUAGGAAGAAGGAAGCUAGUGCGCAACCGUUUUACCAUCGACACAGACAUCGUUUUUGAUGGAGAGCCUGAACAGGACCUCCCCUCACCUCAGGAGCCCAACUCAAAUCGGCUGCAGCAAGAGGACCAACGACGCCAGCAGCAGCCUGAGUUAGCAGGUGACACCGAUCGCUGGGUGGAAGAGCAGUUUGAUCUAGAAGAAUACGAGGACCAGGAAGAGAUGAAGGAGACCGACAUCCUGAGUGACGAAGAUGAAGAGUUCUCCCAGACACCCAGAGCGCCGUCCACUGAGGCCAACCUAGAAGGCUCCAUCAUGGCUUUAUCCUUGGAGGGUGAGGAAACAGAGGAUGGCAAGGACCUCAUGUCUCCAACAGUCAGUGAGACACCUACUGAUUCGAAGCAGUCCGACACGACGACCGAUGACAGUGUGGAGGAUAAAAAGCAAACGGAGGAAGAUGAAAUUUGGGUGCGAAGGAAUCACUCAGGUUCCUCCCCAGACUGUGACACAUAAAAGCAGAU